AUGAGACUUGGAUUUGCUUCGCGGACCUUCAUCCUAUGCACCCUAGUCUUCUUUUUGAUUCUACAAGACAGUGGAGCUAGAAAGAUAGCUUCAAAAUCUGGCAGGGACUUUGAACUGAAGGAAGUAUCCUAUGGUUUGGAAAAGCUUGCAACAGAGGGUCUUGUACUUGACAGCAUUCUUCAGCUUGAAGGCGCUGAUAUAGAAGUGAAGAAGAAGAAGCAUGUCCAUCACCACGACGAAGAUGAUGAUGACGACGACGACGACGACGAUGAAGAAGAGGAUGAUAAAAAGGCUAGAGUGAAGAAAGGAAAGAAAGUUGACAAAGAAAAAGACAAGAAGAAGGAGAAAGGUAAAGACAAAAAGAUAACUGAAAAGGAUGUGCAUGCUUUUAAGCCGUCUCAUGAUGAUCACAAACACCUGGACCUUGAACUAAAUGUGUUUUUCACCCCAAAUGAUUUAAAGAUCGGGAAAAUCAUGCCCAUCUACUUUUCUAAGAAGAACUCUUCAACAUCUCCGAAAUUUCUGACCAGAGAAGAAGCUGACCGGAUUCCCUUCUCAUCAAAGCACCUAUCAUCCCUUCUCAAAUUCUUUUCCAUCCCAAAACAUUCACCCCAAGCCAAGGCCAUGAAGUAUACACUCAAACAAUGUGAAUAUGAAAACAUGGAAGGAGAGACCAAGUUCUGUGCCACAUCCCUGGAGUCCUUGUUUGAUUUUGCACACUAUAUGUUUGGGUCCGAUGCACAGUUCAAAGUUUUGACCACUGUCCAUCUCACAAACUCAACAGCCCUUUUACAGAACUACACAAUCUCAGAAGUGAAAGUAAUUUCAGUUCCAAACGUUAUAGGGUGUCACCCUAUGCCUUACCCUUAUGCAGUUUUUUACUGCCACAGCCAGCAGAGUGACACCAAUCUCUACGAGGUGUUGGUAGAAGGUGAGAAUGGAGAAAGAGUUCAAGCUGCAGCUAUUUGCCACAUGGACACCUCGAAGUGGGACCGAGACCACGUGUCUUUUCGUGUGCUCAAAGUUGAGCCUGGAACCUCCCCUGUGUGUCAUUUCUUUCCUCCUGAUAACCUAGUCUGGGUACCUUUGUCCGUGGCUCCAUAA